UAGCGUUCUUUUCAAUUUCCGGUUUCAUUGCAUGUGGUUGAUUUUUAGUCAAGCGGAUGAUUUUUAACAGUAUCCAAUUUUCGUUGUGAUUUCGCGUGUUUCGUUGUGAUUCCAUGUUGCGAUGCCAAAACCAACGGAACAGUCCGUAGAAAGGAUGAAGAAAGCUAAAAAGCUUUUCCUACAAAAGAAGAAAAAUAAAUCUACCACUCUAGCGCGGGUCGAGGUCAAGGGGCCAUUGGUGCCAGAUUCUGAGGGAAAGUCAGACGAUCAGCCUAAAUUUCGGAAGCAGCCACAGCACCUGCAGAUUCGCACUCAAACCAGGCGAUCUUCACAUAAAGGAUCGUCAACAUUGCCUUCCGUGGAGCUUGAGUUCCAGGAGGAAUCGAGGGCAUAUUCCAGCAGAGAGCAGAGAAAACAUAAUGAUCAGCAACAGCCACAGGGGCUUGAACUCCAGGAGCUCUCGAGGCCACAUUUCAUCGAGGAGCAGAGCAAGCUAAACGAUCAGCAACAGUCUCCCAUGCGAUUCGAAUUGCAGAAGCAAUCGAUGCAGCGGACUGAACAGGCAUCCCCCCGUGUGGCUCGAGCUUCAGGAGCUAUCGAGGCCACAUUUGAGCGAAGAGCAGAGCAAGCCGAGGAGCAGCAACAGGUUCCAGUGCGGCUCGAUUUCGAGGAGCAACCGAGCACCUAUUCCAGGGAAGAGUUGACUAAACAGGGCGAUCGGCAACAGCCUGCCGUGCGGAUCAAAUUCCAGUACCAAUCAAUGCAAUAUUCCAGUGAAGAGCAGCCAAAGCAUCCCGUGCGGCUCGAGCUCCAGGAGCUAUCGAGGCCACAUUUGAGCGAGGAGCAGAGCAAGCCGAACGAUCAGCAGCUUCCCGAGCGGAAACCAAAACAGCGGACCUUUCCAGCUAGCCGCGUUCAAACCAGGCGAUCCUCGGCUCGACCGGAAAUCCAGGGGCAAUCGGAGCCACAUUCCAAGGAAGGAGAUCAGAAACAGCAGCUUCCAGAGCGGAUGAAUCAACGCGUUCAAACUAGACGAUCCUCGGCUCGUCUGCAAAUCCAGGAUCAAUUGGAGGCACAUUCCAAGGAGGAUGAUCAGAAACAGCCGCUUCUAGCGCAUUUUCAUCGACAGAAGGAACAACCUAAGCGUCAAAAUAAAUCAAACCACCAACAUCCAAAUGCUGGCAAACUUAGUCAUCACAACCUGUCCUCUCAACAAACUACGAAAAUGGGAAGUACUAUUCACCCACAUUCGUUGCACCAAUCACCAUCGAUUGGAUUGGAAGCUGCUGACGUGGAUUCAGUUUGCAAAUUCAAAAGCCUAUCCCAAACCGCUUUUCAAGCUAGUCCGGACAACGAGCUGCAUGAACCAGGUGAUAUUCCAGUUAAAUUGGAGCUAAAAGAAGAGCCUCAGCCUCAGCUCUCUGUAUCACCCGCUACUGUACGAAGUCGUGUUCAAACCAGGCGAUCCUCAGAUCGACCGGAAAUCCAGGGGCAAUUGGAGACACAUUUCAAGGAAGGAGAUCAGAAACAGCAGCUUCCAGCGCAUUUUCAUCGACAGAAGCAACAACCUAAGGCUGCGGCCAAGCAGCGUAAGAAUAAAUCAAACCACCAACAUCCAAACACUGGCAAACUUAGUCAUGACAACGUGGCCUCACAGAAAACUACAGAAAUGGGUAGUACUAUUCACCCACAUUCGUUCGACCAAUUGCCGUCGAUUGGUUUGGAAGCUGCUGACGUGGAUUUAGUGUGCAAAUUCGAAAGCCUAUCCCAAACCGCUUUUCAAGCUAGUCCGGACAACGAGCUACUUGAACGAGGUGGUAUUUCAGUUAAAUUAGAGCCACAAGAAGAGUCUCAGCCUCAGCUCUCUGUAUCGCCCGCUACAGCAAGACCCAAUCAGGCAUCUCCUGGUGAUGAAGAAGUUCGUGAUUCGUUUGAUGGAUGGCGGGUCCAUAGCAUCGUACCGGUAGCCGAGAUCAAGUCUACCGUAUUGCAGAUCGAGUUUGGAUUCCGGUUCAAAUCUGAAAAUUUCCCUAUUAAAGGAACUAUGCGUUAUUACGACUGUCGACGGAUUAAGUUUCGCUCCCGGCCACAGUGUGAACGAAAACUACUUGUUUUCAUUCCAAACUCUGACGUUCCUGCUACCAUCAGUAUCAGAGGAAAACACACUUGCGCAACAGCCCCACCCGAGCAUUUGGCCCGCACGAAGCUUAAUGAGCAACAGUCAGACUUGAUCGAAGGUUUAUUAAAAUCUGGAAUACCAUCCAAGGAUAUCAAGAAGCACGUCAGAGUGGUGAACAGUACAGUCUCCAAGAAUCAGCUGAACUAUGCCGUGAAAUCAACAAGACAGAAGCUGUUUGGAAAUGGCGUAUUUUCAAUUGGAGAACUGGAAGAGUGGGCAGCGUCAAAAUCUGCGGUUCCGAAUGACGAACGAGAUGGGUUCGUGAUCGGGAAAGAUAUUGAUCACGAAAACAAAUCAUUCCGUGUUAUUUUUUCAUCCAAGCGUCUGCUAUCACUCCUCGCAAAAUUCAACAUUGUGGCAGCCGAUUGCACCUUCAAAGUCACUUUAGAAGGCUAUCCUUUGCUUGUUGUCGUUGUCAUAGACAAUAUGCGGCAUGCACACCCAGUAGCAUUCGGAAUCAUAGCUAAGCAAGAGCAAACUGAUUAUGAGUUUGCUUUUCGAACGAUUACUGGCGCAUGCUCAAGAUUGGGCAUUAAAGUUGUAGUAGAGACUUUCUUGAGUGAUGGAGAGCUUGCAAUGAAAAAUGGGGCGCGUAUCGUAUUCGACGACCCAACAAUUAUAAACUGCUACUUCCACUUCAUGCAAAAUGUUAUAAAACAUUUGAAAAAGUACAAUGAGAUUCCGGAUGAAGUACAUGCUAAGAUAAAACGCGACAUUGGCUUGCUUCAAGUUUCCGCCACAAUAAAACAUUUCACCACUGGGAUAAAGUUGUUUCUGCAAAAAUAUGAACAGUUCCCCAACUUCAUCAACUUUAUGAACAAAUACACUUACGACAACAACUUUUGCCGGUGGUACGAAGCGGCCAAGCCAGGUGCACCAGCUACCAAUAACGCUCUGGAAGCGUUAAACAAAUCGUUGAAGUACAAUCACAUGAACCGGCAAAAGGAACCGUUCUGUUCAUUCAAAGCCAUUAUUUUAAAGAUUAUUUAUGAGUACGGAGAUCCGCUGAGAGACAUUGCCCAGGAAAGAAACUUCAUCAGCAUCACUAAUGAGAGGAAAGCAUUUGACUGGCUCAAAAUGCGGAAAAAAAUGAGAACCUGCCAGGCUCCGAUGGAAGGAAAACAAUAUGUUUAUCUACCAGGAAGGCAAAAAGCAGAAGUUUCCUUACAUGACAUCCAAUCGUUCGAAAAUCCAGAAUACCGCACUUUCGAUCAGUUUGUGGAAGAUUUCGGGAGUUUACAUAGAGUCGACGUAAGCAGCUAUGAGUGGAACUCAUGGAACUGUACUUGCUAUCAUUUUCUAAAGAAAAACUUUUGUUGCCAUGUCCUGGCAGUCGCUGUGAAUCGCGGAAAACACGUCCUGGGUGCAGAGUCGAACACUACUGCUAUGGGUCGAAAGAAACCGGUAGGACGUCCGAAGAUAGUCUCCAAGGCACUGAUUGUUGACUGA